AUGGAGAAUUAUGCGCCAGUAACAUGGAACUUACUCGACAGCAUGCUGUCUGCGAGAACACAAUCUAAUACAACAAUUGGGAGAGAUCAUGAUGGUGACGUCAUCAUGGAAACUAGCAAUAGUGAUGAAGAGGCUUACUGGGAGGAAGUUGGGGAAGGAGAUCUCGAGGGAUCGUUGAUAUCAAGCCUUGCCAACAACACGGAAUCUGAGAGAACCAAAUUGCAAAAACAACGGGCAGCAAAGACCUUGCUUAAAAAAAUCACCGUUCUGAGCAUUAUGAUGAGAAGCACAAAUCAGCGUUCAAAUACCUUGCAAAGUCUACUCGGGAUGUUCCUACAAUCAACGCACACACCACAAAAAGUCAUCGAAACACUGGAGCGGAUGGGUAUAUCAGUGUCCGUAAAUGCUAUUCUUUCCGGGACGCAAUCGUUAGCAGCGCAAACCCACCAACAUCUCCGGUCACUCAGUCGGUCACUUCUUGCGGCAUAUGCCUAUGACAACUUUGACGUAGACCUGAAAACCCAUGAGCACAAGAUCGAAAACUCAAUGGAAACUCUCAAGCAUCUAACAUCAGGUCUGAUGUUCCCACUGCAGCACAACGUCUCCAAGGAAGACCUUAGGUGUUCCGAAGUGUUGUGGAAGAUGUCGCCAUUUAAUACUCGAGCAGAGCUACCACCAAAGAAGGGAUGGGCGGAUCUGCUCAUUCUUCACAUGGACACACCUGAUGACACAGGUCUUAGCCGCCGUGAUAGAUUUAAUUCAUGGAAGUUUCUCUCGGACCUCAUCUCAUAUGGCCCUCCAUACUUUUCUCAAUUCUGCGACAAACUUCAUGAACCCGAGACCAUUGAAGCCAUCCCCAUCACCAGAAUGCCGAUUGUUGCUACAUCUGCAAUGGAUAUCAGUAAUUCUACCGUCACAGGCAAUAUACAAAGCAUUGUUAACCUGCUUCAGCAGGGCGGAAUUGAAGAUCCUGUGGUUGUUGAUGAUCCUGGCAUGCCUGACAUCUCAGAGUACGUGGUUCUCUUCCACGGUGACCUUGGGACAGGGGAACGUCUUCAAUCUGCCCAGCAGCGUCGAGGAAUUGAAAACACACCGUGGAACCGCUUACAACACAUUAUAUUCAUCCCCGGCCUUUUCCAUUUGAAGAUGGCAGCCGCGGACACAAUCUGGCGGAUAUUCCUGCAGCCAAAUAUAGGUAUCUUGCGACCAAAGGAAACUGGCCACUAUGGGUCCAAGCCGGGGUUCCGUCGUAUGCAUGAACUAAUCAUGUACAACGGUAUAUGUCGUCGCCUUGAUUGUUGGAGAGUCGAGGUUGCGAAACGUGACCCAAAGUGGACAAGUCUGGAGGAAUUCGCAGCAUCAAAACCAACUUUUGACAACAUCGAAGCAAUGGCACGCACCCUCGCUCGUAACUACAUUGCAGAUGCGCAACAUGAGAAUGGACUCCUCUUGAACAGGUACAUGCUUUUAUACGAGGAGCUGUCAUAUGCGAUGAAUACUGGAGACAUUGGAAGGGUCGAGACUUGCCUUUUUACAUGGAUCCCCAUGUUUAAGGCUACAGGAAAACACAAAUACGUGAACACUAUGACAGACUUCUUGUGCAAAGUACACUUCGUGUAUCCUGAAGGAUUGAAACGAGCCGUUCGCUACCACAUCAUGGUCAAUCCAACCGGGAAGAAAGGAAAAUUUUGGGGAGUUGACUGGUGCGUCGAGUUGAACAACCUUUUCACAAAGGUGCGCAUACCUCGUCAUCAUUACAAAUGCGAGAUUAUAAUGGAAUCCCCACUCAUCCAGAUAUACCGGAAUUUGCAUACAAUGUUCCAGAAUGACUUCCUGCAUGCUCACCAAACUACGAAACACGCAGAAGCGAAUAUGUCGAAAAUGUUCCAAAUCCUAUGCGGACACAUGGCAAAACACUCUGGACAGGAGUUGAUGGCAAAGAGUAGCAUCGAUAAUGAAGACGGAGGGGAAGGUGAGGAUGAGUGUCCAUCAGUUGACGAUGUUGCUGUUGAAUUAGUCUGGCAGUAG